AUGAAAAAGCGUGACGAGAAUUCUCAACUCGAGAUGUUAAAAGGUGCAAAAUCAAUGGGUGUCGGAGCUACUACAAUUGCUUCAGCGAGAGCUGCUAUCAGUAUUGGAAACGUCUUUAGUUCCUCGAUUCAUUCCAUGGUGCGAAAUCCAUCAUUGGCUAAACAAUCAUUUGGUUAUGCCAUUUUGGGCUUUGCUCUAACCGAAGCUAUUGCAUCGUUUGCCCCAAUAAUGGCCUUUCUGAUCUCAUCCGUAUUCCGAGCGGCACACAAUCCCUGGUCAACGACGGGGUUUGACUUUGGUCACAUUGACGAUGAUGACAGGCUGUCAUUCAUGCACCUUUAUAAGGCUAAGGCUAUAAUAGUUGGAGUUGUUGAGAACCUUUUCAGUUAUUCUCUGGAUGUGCUUGUCCGCCUUCUCGAGUCUGUAGACUUGCUUCCUAAAGCCCCACCCUUUAAGGGGCUGCCUAUCUGUGAUCAACUUCUUGACUUUUGUUUGAGCCUUUUCUUUGCUGGUUCGGCCACAACUGCUCUAGCCAUGUUGCAUAAGAAGGAAAUACUGAACAACUUACAUACGGAGAGACAACUCAAAGUUUCCGGGCAUAUUCGGGCCUCAACACCGAAGUUCAUCCCGAGGCCGAGGUACGUAGUGACGUCUCUUGCUGGGCCUUUGAUAAGGAAUGGUCAGUUUGUUAGUCUUAAUCUAGUGACUGGCCUUGCUCCGAGCGAUAUUCGAAGAGCAAACUCCUGCAAACCAUUGGUGAAAACACCAAUUCAUGUACAUAAAAGUGGGAAAGGAAAAGCCCGGGUUUCUACCAUCCAAUCAAUCAAAAGAGAGACAGAAGUGGGAUUACUGGACAUCAGUAAGGAUGACACUCGAAUACAACCUUAUCCACCGAAACAAGAGGACGUCUUCUUUGACGCGGUGGAUGUCUUUCUUGAAAAAGUUGUUGCCAGAUUUAGGCAAUCGACCUUGAUAGUAUGUUUUCCAUUAGCUAUUGGCCUCACUAUUUGGUGGGCUGGAAUGCCUGAGUUUGUAAUUGAUUGGGUGCCUGAAUGCUGCCUAGAUCAUAAAUGGAUCAAGAUAUGGAAAGGGAUAAUGGAAAUAUCUAUCGUAUUAAAACAAGGUGUUCUCGAUGAGAAUGGUACCAUAGGGGGCAUUCCCAUGACUGACCUGGUCAACUCAGAAUCAAGAGAAUACUUUGAAAGAACAACCUUCGAUCCCCUAGAUAUAAAGAAAAGACAUAACAGAAAGGUUACUAUUGCGGUACUCUUUGUUGCCUAUUUAGCAUUAGCCUUGAGUUGCGAAGAAGCAUUGCAGGUAGUAGCUCAUAUACCAGUCGAAGAGUUAAUGGUGUAG